UUAGUCAGCUUUCAUUAUAGCACUACAUUACACAUAAAACCUUAUCGUAAUAUACGUAUUCAAUUACAUACACAUGUCCUUGCUUUGUCCUUGCUUUUGUUAUUUGAGUUGAGUAAUAUAUUUAGGUAUAUGACGAAAAUACCAUAGCUACCAUACGUCUCUGCUUUAAUGGGGAAGUUUCAAAGAAAUCUAUUUUUAGAUCUGUGCUAACGGGUCAUCCUACAGCUGUCUCGCGUAUAAAACAGAGCUAAACUGAAGUGAGUGUUUCCUCGUCUGUCUGUACAUUCGCCAUGAAGGGAUUGAAUACAGUUUUUUCUUCUUCUCUUGUUGUAUACAAGUGAAUAUGGCAAGGCAUGUGAACAAUCCACCUCUUUUUUCAUUUUGGGGGGAAAUUGCUUAUUUAUCUUCUGUAAUGGCAAUAUUCAAGAAAACAUUCCAAAGAAAUAUCGAGAUAUUAAAGGAUGAACAGGAACUUACGGAAUACCUAUUGGAUUUUAAAGUAAUAAAGUUAUAGACAUAAUCUAAAAUGAAUGACAGAAGAGGAUACAAUUCGGACCUUGAUACUGAUCAUGCACCCGUUCUUGCGCAUAGAGAAGGAGUUGAUGAACCUGCUACAGCUUUUCAUGAAAGGAACGGAUUUCACACUGAGAAUCCUAAUGUAUCACCAAGGAUAACUAAUUGUCCACCUGCAGUGGUGCAUGCUGAGCAUGUGUUGAAUCAUGCACCACAACAGGUAAAUGUAAACGAUACUGGCGUUUCAUUUGAUCGGCCAAAAUACAUUCAGUAUGCUAUCCGUGUGUCAAGACUCAAAUCAUAUAAGAAUUGGUCAGAAUCACAUUUUCUGAAGUCCAAUGAAUUAUCAGAUGCAGGCUUCUUCUCUUGUGAAAGUGGAGAUACGGUUGUCUGCUUUUAUUGUGGGUUAUCUUUGAAUGCAUGGGAAAGAGGAGAUCGACCAUGGACGGAACAUGCACGAUGGUCUCCAAAUUGUACACAUAUUCUGAACAUGAUCGGACCUAAUUUUAUUAAGGAAACACUUGAAUGUGGCGGCGAUGUGAUCAAGAUGCAGGCUGUUGAUGACAAGUACCAAAGGAUACGACAGCAUGGGACAGACUUGCAGACAGAUUCAGAAAAGGGUGCCACGACCAGGAAGGAGCCUGAAUUCUAUGAAGACAUGAUGCAGAGAUCAUCUGUGCAGAGUGUAUUGGAAAUGAACAUUGACCAGAUAAAAGUCAGAGAUGCCAUCCGUAUUCUAAUCCAUAGAAAAAAAAGUGAUGAGUUCACAGCAGUGCAAUUGAUGGAGAUUGUGUUUGAUAUAGACGAUGGAAACUUAACAAAAGAUGACAAAUGUGCCCUGGAAGGGAAAGUCACGAAAAGUGAGGGAAAUGUUGCUGUCAAUGGGUCAUGCUCUAAGUCUGAAAUUUUGAAGGAAAACGACAGUCUGAGAGACCAGCUCACCUGCAAAGUGUGCCUUGAAGCUCGUGUUUCCAUAGUGUUUUUACCGUGUGGACAUUUAAGCUGUUGUGGGGAAUGUGCGCCUGCGUUGAAAAACUGUCCAAUUUGUCGUGCAAACAUUAAGGGAAGUGUGAGAACGUUUCUCACGUGAAAAGGAACAAAAUGAAAAAUAAGUAUGAAAAAUAAGUAUAAACAUUUUUUAGUGUUUUCUGUAGUGCAAUUUUUUUUUCUCAUGCAAAAUAUUUCUCAACAUGUGCAACAUGUAACAACUUUUACAGUGGCAGAAUUACAGUGUUUGAAGACUGGAUAUUGUACCAUGUAUUCUUAUAGUGUUAUAUAACCAUAUUUUGCUUCUACUUAUGUGAGUGAAGUUGCACAAAGCUAUACUGUGAUACACAACAUGUGGAUUUAUAUCAUUUCUGAAAGAAGAAAAACAGCUCUUGGUUACCAUGAAUUGCAUAACAGUAAGCCUAAACCAAGGAGUGGCAGCCAUCAUCAAAUAUUCUUUUUAAGUCUUCAGGCCCAGAACAGCUAAUGGAACAUAAAUUGGUUAAAAGCAUGUCUAAGCCUAUGAAAUUAAAAGAAGAUAUGGAUAUGAAAUUUCUUCAAUGUUAAAUGAUUUUCAUCUCUGUUAAUUUUUUUCAAUCUUGUAUCACAUGUAUUUUACACACAUAUAUGUUAAGCUGAAGAUAGAUUGAAUCUUUAUUGGUUGCAAACAUUUUCAAAUGUAACAACAUUGUUUCAUUUCCGUCUUAUUUUUAACAAGAUGUAAUACAUAAUGUAUAGAUGUUAUACAUAAUGUAUAAAUGUACACACUGAACCUGAUAACUUAUAACAUAUAAUGAAUCAAGAUAACUUUAGCUCAAGUAACUUCAGGACGGAUAUUUCUCUCAUUUCCCUGUGUGUAAGAUAGAGCUGUCCAGGGUAAGAAAGGGGUGUAAGAAAUUUCUAUCUUACACCACAUUUCACGUGACGUGCAUCACAAUGACUCAACAAUGACGUGACAUUACAAAUUUGGAAAUCUCAGAUGCCACAAUGUGAAAAGGCUUUGUGAUGAAAUUAAAACCUUUUACGGUAUAUUUACCGUAUACGUUAGAAAGAUGUGAUUUUUUUUUUUGGCGCAAACUCUGUUUGCUAAUAUGGGGUACACUUAAUCUGGCUAACUUGAUUCGUUUUCGUCUAAAAAGCUCAGGGGAAACAUUGAUAUUUUCAAAAUGGUAGCCAGUCCAAACGCAUUAUCAUGGCUUCUGAGCUUAUUCUGGUAGUUGGAAUGAGAGAAAAAUACUCUUUUUAUGCCCAAAGGUGUGUGAUAGGCAAAUUCCACCCUCAGGAUUUUCAAAUUUGGCAAAACCCUCGGCAAAGCCUUGGGUUUUAUCUUUGAAAACCCCUCGGGUGGAAUUUCCCUAUCUUACUCGAAAGAGUCUUAUAAUAUUCCACUCAAUGGAGUUCAAGUUAAUGAGGUCCUGAUAAUUCCCUAUUCAUUAUUUAACUAUAUGAAUAAUAUUUCUGAUCCAGAUUUAUUAUAUUUCAUUUGCCUUUCAACCAUACUAUAAAUAUGUAUGUCCAGUUCCAUUAUAGUUCUUGUGCUACUGGUAGUUUUUUCUCAAAGCAGUCAUUUUCAUUUUUUUUUUUUUUUAGAAACGUGGUGCUUGUAUUAUAUUGUAUGCAAUAUGUAUUGUAGGCUAUUACAAGUACCAUUUUCUCAAAAACGUAGAAAAUGUAUUGUUUCCAUGCAAAUUAAUUCCAACAUGUUAUUUUAACAUGUGAUAACUUACUGUAAUUCAUAUCUCUGAUAUCUGUUUCUUAACAGAGCUAUCAUUAGACUUUAGUACAUGUAAUCAAUUUUGCAAUCAGUGCACUGAAAACAAAUAUAGACAGUUUUGAAUCAAGAAUUGAGAGGUAGAUGAUCACAUAGAAAGUUUUCAAAAACAUAAUUGAUAAGAAAUUAUUGUACCAGCAAAAAUGUUUCAAAAAUUUGAUAAAAAACUACUGCACAUUGAAACAAACUAAUAAUCACCACACUUAAUACAAAGUAUUAUUAUAAACCACAUGACAUUCCAUAUUGUCUAGCAUUGUCAUUAAUAAUAAAAAAAAACACCCAAAAAACCCCA